GGUUCGAAUCCUGCCGACUACGUUGUAGGUUUUUAUUUUUUGGAUACACUACUAAACUUUUAAUCAGAUUAUCAAGCCAGUAAGCAAAAAGGGCACUAGGGCUGCCUGCGCUCUCCAGACGGGAGUUAGAAACAGGGCUCAGCAGCAGCCCUGGAAACUGCAAAGCAGUUUCCUGGAAGGGAAAGACGGAAGGGAUCUCGUGACAUUCGUUCCCGGAUCUCCUCCCCAGCCUCGCCGUCCCCCCUGUGCGUUGCAAGAGCUCAGCCUGCGCUUUGCCUGAGAGGCAGGACUCCGUGGGCUUGGAUCAGGAGGAGACACCAUGCAACAGAGCUCGGGGCCUGCUGGGUUGGUCACCACCAGACCUGUUCAGAAUGCCCAUACAGGGAUCGAUCUGUCAGUUCCAGAGUACCAAGAAAUCCGGGGAAAGAUGAUGUCUGGCCAUGUGGAGUAUAAUAUUGUAGUUGUUACCCAGCUGGCUGCGUUCAAAUCAGCAAAGCACAAAGCGGAAGACAUCAUUCAGUUUAUGGUCUCUAAGAAGUACAGUGAGAUUGAGGAGUUCUAUCAGAAACUAACUGCACAUUAUCCACAAGCAUCUCUGCCACCACUGCCAAGGAAAGUGCUGUUUGUUGGGGAAUCUGAUAUUCGAGAACGAAGAGCUGUGUUCAAUGAGAUUAUGAGAUCCAUUUCCAAGGAUGCAGAUCUAGCAACAAGCCCUUACUUGCUAGAAUUCCUAGGAACCAGAUCCACCAGUAUCAUUGAUGUCAAGGGUAAAAAUCUUCCUGAUAAGGAAGAGGAGGAUGAAGAAAAUGAAGGCUAUGAUUUCUUCAAAGAAGAAAAGACAUCCAGUGUAAUUCCUGAGUUCAAGUUGCCCAAAGAACAAGAUGCAAACCUUGAGAAAGAAAAAGAGGAAGAAGAGGAGGAAGACGAUGUAGAUCCACUCGGCGUUCUCAAAUCUAAGAAGCCCAAGAAACCUAAACCAUCACCAGUCAAAGAUGACAAGCCCAAGCUAACCAUUUUUGAUGAAGAAGUGGAUCCUAAUGAUGGACUGUUUGACUCAGCUAAAGAUUUUUCAUUCACUAGCAACAAGAGGAUCUUGUCAGCCAAAGAAGAUGUGAAAUUAUUUGAAGACCCAGACCUUGGUGGAAUGGUAACUCUAGGCGACUCACUGCUGUUGCCGACAGCUUGUGCAAGCAAAGAACAUAAACUAAGUCCUAAGCUCGAAGAAGACACUGAGGAACUGUUGAGAGUGGAAGAUGACUUUGAGAAAAUGUUGAAACUCAACUCUAAAUCCAAACCCAAGUUGCCACCCAAACCAGCAGUACCAAAGAAGCCAGUAGCCAAUACAAAACUCCCGUUAUCACCAGUCCAAAGAGCGAAGCCAACAGAAGUAAAGAUCCAAACCAUGGGUGAGGUGGACAUUCUCAAGUACAUUCAGGAAAAUGAAUCCAUCGGUAGUGAAGAACCAAGUCUCUUUUGAAGUGUAUGCUGUCCAGAACCUCUCUCAGGAAGAAUUUUCCAUUAGCCUUCUGGAUAUGGACAGCAAGGCUUGGCCCAGAGUUUUUGCCUACUGGUUCAUAAAGACAAAAAGAGCAGACACUCUGCUUGGGGAUCUGUAAACGGACAUUAAUGAACUUCUUGUGUGUGUGUUUUUAUUGCAGAGCAAUUAUGGUUUAAUCAAUGAUGCCUUAUUUGUAGGAGGGUUGAAUGAGCGGGGCUAGAAUUGAAUGGAAAAUGAUCGUGCUACAUAGUUCUUUGUACUAUUUUGGAUCAAGCUAUUGUGGUAUGUUCAUGAACUGAUUAUUUGAAUUGAACUGAUUAUGUAACUGAGAAGUAUCAGAGGUAAGAAGGAUGAAAGGAAACUUCACGAGUAAUACGGGGGGGGGGUUUAGUGGCAUUUUAAAAAUUAAAAAGAAAAAAGUAUUCCUGGAGAUUUUUACUUUAUUCUUGAAAAAACUUGCUAGAACACAAGGCCCCUUACACAGUUGUGGCCCCUGGGCAUCUACUUACAGCAUUUCAAACAUAGAUUUCCCCUCCCCAAAUUAUGGUACAGAGAUUAUGGCCAGAAGACAAAGCUACUUAUGGGUAUACCCAGGUGCUUCUGAAUGAGUAGCAGGGUGUCUCCCUGUUUUCUGUCUGUAGUUUACAUUGGGCCAGUUCAUAUGAACACUGGCCGGCCUCUCUCCAACACAUGAAAACAUCAGCUGCUAACGCAGUCACGGCACAUACUUUAAUCACAUGUGAGGGGUGAUCAUCUGAAUCACCAAAGCAGAAAACCCUGUUUAGCUUUCUAGCAUGUUUAAAGGGGUGAGUUGGAUGAUCACCCCUCAUAUAUGUGAGUUGGAUGAUCACCCCUCAUAUAUGUGAGUUGGAUGAUCACCCCUCAUAUAUGUGCUGCGAUCAUGUUGGCAGGUCCUUGAGUGACAUCGGGGUGGACACGUUCAUGCCAGCAGCCCCAAUGCAUAGAUGUGGACCACUGUUCAUGUGAAAUGCCCCUCUGGUGCAUGGUGCAUUGGAAAUCACACUCAGAGGUCUCUUGAUCUUGCGGAUCUGCUGCUUCUGUAGCAUAGAGGAGGAGGAGGAGGUGUGUGUGUGUGUGUGUGUGUGUGUAAGUUCCCUGCAAAGCAUUUGAUCCUGGCCUGCUUGUGCCUCUUGUUUCAGUCCAUGAGGCUGUUCUUACAAGAAGCCAAGCCCAGGCUGGGCUGGGCUACCUGUAAGAACUACUGAGAUCUGCAUGGAUCCCGGCAGUGCUUUGGCGCUAAUCCCAAUGCUGCAGCCCGGCUGUUAGCCAAGGUUAAGGGCGCAGAUGCACCCUUAAUCCAGCUCCUAGGAUCAUGUGUCAGCACAAGCUGCUUGUCAGCGUGAGCUGCCUAAAGUGCCUGUCCCCUGGAGGAAUCCCCCAGUGAACUGCUCUCAGCGCAUGGUGCACUAUGGUAUUAACUCAGAGGCUGAGAGAAUGAGUCCCAGCCUCAGAGCGAUCCACGCUGCUCUGUGAUUCAUGGAACAGCAGGGGUUGUGUGGGAGUGCGCUCCACACUCUCACCAGGUAAACAGUGAUUGGCUGGGGGGAAGGCAGGGUUUGAGAAGCCUUCCCCCCACCCGUGCCCCUGGUAGAUCGUGUGAAUGGCCCCCAUAAAUAGAGAUCUUGUGAAUGACCGCAUCCUCAGUAUUAAGAUGUGUGCUUCUUCUUCAGCUGCUAAUCUUCUCACAUCCCAUGUCACAAUCUUGGGAGAUUAAGCUAUGCUUUUUGUUAGCUGAAAACCACCUUAAUCCAUCAAUUGUAGCACAUGUUCAUGAAAACGUUUAUGUGAUUCUUACAAGAUACAGUUAUGAGCAUGUCAGACCCUUUGACAGAGAUGUUUCUGCCAUGUGUGAGGGAGGAUUUGGAAGAAAAAUAGGAAUCUUGUGUUUUGAGCAUUGAGUUAAACACAUUUGUGAGUUGGCAACAAAUGGUGUAGCAAGAUGGGAGUGAGCACUGGUUCGUUCUGCCCCACCUUCUUCUUCAAAAAGACACGAGGGGGAGAGCAAAGGAUGAGCCGCCACCCCACCCACUCAGGGGCCUGAGGGUCAUUUGUCCUCUCUUGUUCAAUGAUAGCUAUGCCCCAGUUGUCAACUGUGGAUGUUUACAAGCUCAUUGUCUCUUUUUAUAUGAACCUAUCCUAUAUCUCUCCUGUUCCUUCUAACUUCUCCCAUUCCUUCUAACUGAGGCCGAAGUCUUAAGCCAUAUCAAAAUAUUUGCUAAGCCAGUAAAUUUAUAUAUUGCCUUUUUAAUAUAGACCUGGAUGAAUGAACAAAAGUAUUUUAAGCACUUUAAAAAAUUGUUGUGUAAUGUGUGAUGGCUCAGAGUCUGUUUUGAAUAAAGUGACAUAAUUAAACCAUACUACUAUCAAAUACUUUCUCUGGAUCAGAUUACAUGCCAUGCCAUGAUAUGAUAUGAUAUGAUAUGAUAUGAUAUGAUAUGAUAUGAUAUGAUAUGAUAUGAUUGAUAUAAGAGCAAAUGAACAGUGUAAGGUAGAUUUGGUGAAUCUAAACUGUAUCACCAUUUUCCUGUAUACAAUGUGGAGUAAAUAAAUUUUUAAAAAUCA